UUCCAAAUGAAGACAUAUCUUCAAAUCUGGCAUCCCUGAUUGACAGAUAAAUGGUAAACAAGAGUUUGUGGGUACCAAUUCAGAGGAGUUAAUUGAACUCGUUCUUAUUGUGUUCAUUUUAAAAAUAUUGAUUCUAAAAAAAAAUUAUUGCAAUGGAAGAGUCCUUGCAAAUUAAGACAGAGGAAAGAGCUGAUGUGACUGAUGCAACAAUAGAAAACCUACAAGACGGUAUCGCUACAAAUGAAUCUAUAAAAAUCGAAGGGCACAAUAUAUACUCCACUGAGGAUUGUGGCCCAGAAAAUCGUAGUCGACUCUCCCAAGAUCUCAACAUAGAACAACCAACAAUCGGUUCUAGAACUAGUAAUGAAUCUGAUGAAAGUGAGAAUAAAUUAGUUGCCCUGGAAGAUGGUCAGAAACCUGACACGCAGGCAGCGCCUCUCAUUCCAAACAUCGAUGCCACACUGCGACACGAGUGUGUGGUUUGUGGCAAACGAUUCUUUCAUAAGGGGCGCCUUGUCGAACACGUCAGGGGACAUAGUGGUGAGCGGCCCUUCAGUUGCGAUAUCUGCGAUAAGACGUUUAUCAGUAGGUCCAACCUAUGGGCACAUCGGGGUUCACACACCAGGCCGUUUAAGUGCACAAUAUGCGGCAAAGAUUUUUCCCAAAACGUGUCCCUAGUCGAUCAUCUAUCCCUUCAUACGGGUAAAUAUCGACACAGCUGCGAUGUGUGUGGCAAAGGAUAUAAUGUCGCAUCUCGCUUUAAAGAGCACAAGCGUACGCAUAGUGCGGAGCCCAGCGAAAUUAAAUUGGUUGCCGAUCUCAUACGGAAAAAUGUGCAGAACGACGAAACUCCGCUCAACGACUUGCUCGAAAAAUCUUCCACUUCAACCAACGAUUCCGAACAGUUACACAAAUGCAAAAUUUGUGGUAAGCAAUUUCUUCAGAAGGAUCGCCUUACCGCACAUGUCCAGACACAUCGUGAUGAACGGCCCUUCAGUUGUGAUGUCUGUGGUAAGGCAUUCUCCAGAAACUAUACUCUAGUAAACCAUCGUUAUUUACACACUGGUGAGCGACCGUUUAAGUGCACCGUUUGUGGCAAAGAUUUUAAACAAAAAACUAGCCUAACCGUCCACAUGUCUGCGCAUACGGAUGACUUUGCGCACAAGUGCACCAUUUGCGGCAAAGAUUUUACCCUGAAAAAUGGCCUUACCUUGCAUAUGUCUCUUCAUACGGGUGACUAUCGGCACAAGUGUGAUGUGUGUGGUAAAGGAUUCCAUUUCAAAUCGCGUUUGAACUUGCACAAACGCAUGCAUACUGAUAAGUCCAGCACAUUAAAUCCAAUGGCCAUCGACUCUAGACCGCAACACAAAUGCGAGACAUGUGGUAAACAAUUUCGACAGAAGACAGACCUUGGCGAACAUGUACGGAUACAUCAUAACGAACGUGCCUUCAGAUGCGAUAUCUGUGGUAAGACAUUCUCCAGAAACUGUGUCCUAUGGAAACAUCGACAUUUGCACAAAAGUGAGCGACCGUACAAGUGCACCAUGUGUGACAAAGAAUUCACUCUCAAAUUUGAUCUAACCGCACAUAUGCCCAUUCAUACGGGUGAUUGGCCAUACAAGUGUGACCUUUGUGGCAAACAUUUUGCUCAAAAAUAUCACCUCACCUUGCACAUGUCCGUUCAUACGGGUGUCUAUCGGCACAAAUGUGAGGGAUGUGGCAAAGGAUUCAAUUCCAUUACUCGUUUGCUUGCGCAUAAGCGCUUGUAUAUUUGUGAACCACCGCACAGUGAGAACAUUCCUGUGAACGACGGUGCAAAGGAUGACGAACAGAAUAAGGGGAAUCAAACAAACAGUCCGGAACAAGCAUCUACCGUCUCAAGCAUCGAGUCCAGUCGACCAUACGGAUGCAAGCUUUGUGACAAACGAUUUACUCGCAAAGGGGGUCUUGUCGAUCACGCCUGGGUACAUCGCAAAGAUAAACGCUUCAGAUGCGAUAUCUGCGGUAAGACAUUUAUCAGGAACGACAGUCUACAGAGUCAUCAGCACUUACACAGCGAUGUGCGUCCGCACUGUUGCACCGUGUGCGGCAAAGAAUUUAUUUUCAAAAAUGCCCUGACCUUGCAUAUGUCUAUUCAUACGGGUGUCUAUCGGUACAACUGUGAUGUGUGUGGCAAAGGAUUAAAUUACCGUGCUCGCUUGAAGGAGCACAUGCGUACUACGCAUGGGCACAGCAAAAAGAAACUUACUAACUUCAAUGCAAAAAAAUAUGUGCAGAGCAACGAUAAUUCACCCAGCAACAUAAAAGUAAAAUCUGAAAGCUCAACCAUCGAUCCUACACGGCCACACCAAUGUAAGCAUUGUGGUAAACGUUUUCGCUAUAAGAGACGGCUUAUCGAACACGUACGGUCCCAUGAGGGCGAACGACCAUUCAGUUGCAAUGUUUGCAAUAAGACAUUCGCUACGAAUUCAAGUCUCUAUGCACACCGUCAUUCACACAGCAGACCGUACAAGUGCACUGUAUGUGGCAAAGAUUUUACCCAGAAGAUGGCUUUAACCGAACAUACGUCCACUCAUACUGGUGACUAUCGGUACAGCUGUGAUGUGUGUGGCAAAGGAUUCAAUUUUGAUUCUCGUUUGAAGGAGCAUAAGCGCAAGCAUACGGAUGACAGUGAGCAUAAAUCGGUAAACUGGUCCGUACGAGAAGAGAACGAAAAUACACUCAACAACCGGAAUGAGGAAUCUCCCAUCGCAUCCAUCGAUUCCACACAGCCACCGCAAAGCGAGGACCACCUCUCAGCAUACGAUGCACGGGACGAUGUGCAGAACGACCAGAAACCACCGAAUCUGCUGCUGCCCACAUCUCCCAUUCCAGCUGUCGAUGCCGAAUGGCGACACGAAUGCAAAUAUUGCGAUAAACGAUUUCUCCAGAAGUGUGACCUUGCCGACCACGUCCAGACACAUAGCGGCGAACGGCCCUUCAGCUGCGAUAUCUGCGGGAAAACAUUCGCCCGAAGAACCACACUAUCGGUUCAUCGGAAUGUACACACUGGUGAACGAUCGUACAAUUGCAGCGUGUGUGGCAAAGAUUUUAACCACAAAAAUAGUCUAACCUCACACAUGCUAAUUCACACGGGUGAGUCACCGUACAAGUGUAGGGUGUGCGGCAGAACUUUUGCCUACAAAACUGGCUUAACUGCACACACACCCAUUCAUACCGGUGAGUGGCCUUACCGAUGUACCGUGUGUGACAAAGGUUUUGCCCUAAAAAAUGCCCUAGCCGGGCACAUGUCUCUUCAUACGGGUGUCUAUCGGCACAAUUGUGAUGUGUGUGGUAAAGGAUUUAAUACCGAUUCUCGUUUGAAGGAGCACAAACGCAAGCAUACCGAUGAUCUUCCGACCAGCGCAAAACAGUUGGACCCCACAUUGGGAAUUUCUUUGCGGAACGGUGAAAUUGAAGAGAAGCUAAUCUAAAGAGUUGAAAAGUUCUACAAUUUUCAACGUUGCUAAUUCUAAUACCAUUUGAAUAUAAUUUAUUGUGCUAUGAAUAAGUUAACUCAGUAUCCUAACCCAAUCUAUUACAGUAAUAA